AUCCUAUGUUAUAGAGAAAGUAUAUGUGAGUGACAACAAUCCACGCGGAAAUCUCCUUACUUUAUAUUACUCCUCCCAACAUCAAAGUUGCCUAAAACCUCAAGAUUAUUGCUUAAAAAGGGUGAUGUUACUCAAAAACCUCAACCAUUAAAUUGAAGACUUAUUAGAAACACAAACUCACAAAAUUAAAGCUAUUAAUUACAAGGGACAUUUAAAAAAGGACAAGAGAAACAAUGUCAGACUAUGUUGUUGUUGUUUAAAAUAAAAAUCUCUUUUCAUCUUACUGAUCAUAGAUCUACAAUAUCCUUCUCUUAUCUCAUUGUUUACCUUUGGUCACUGAGAUCACAGACCAACUCUGCCAUAUAGAAAUUCUUAUGUGCUUUUCCAGCUAAAUUUGUUUCUCAUAUAUGACACACUCACUGAAUUCCAAAACACAUUAGACUCAUAUUUAAGCUACAUAGUGCCAACAAAACACACACCAUCAUAUUCUCUGAAACUUGCAUGAGAAACCAUCUUUUCAAGAUACUUACAUCUCUCUCAGUUAGUUUACCCCAUACCCUUUUGGUUUUUACCUCAAAAGUUUGUUCUUAUCCAAAUAGUGUUUGCUUCUGAAGGCUCUAUAAAUAUACACACAAAUUCAGAAGCUAAGGUAACUCAUUAGAGAGGUUUGAGAAAAGAUGGUGAGAUCUUGCUGGAAGCCAGCUGUAGAUGGUGAUGAUGGGGAUGGGAGUGGAAGUGGAAGUGGUGAGAGAGUUGAUGGAUUGUUAUGGUACAAAGAUUUAGGGAACCAUAUUUAUGGUGAAUUUUCAAUGGCUGUGAUUCAAGCUAAUAGUUCAUUGGAGGAUAGAAGUGAAUUUGAGUCUGGACCUUUGAGUUCUAACCAUUUGGGUCCUCAAGGGACUUUUAUUGGUGUUUAUGAUGGUCAUGGUGGAGCUGAAGCUUCUCAAUUUGUCAGUGACAAUCUUUUUUGCAAUCUCAAAAGGCUUGCAGCAGAAAAUCAAGGCUUGUCAGAAAAUGUGAUCAAAAGGGCAUUUUCAGCAACAGAGGAGAGUUUUCUAUCACUUGUGAAUAAACAGUGGCUAAGACAGCCACAUAUUGCAUCAGCAGGUACUUGUUGUUUGGUGGGGAUAAUUUGCAAUGGACUGGUAUAUAUUGCAAAUUCUGGUGACUCAAGGGUGGUGUUAGGAAGACUAGAGAGGGCAACAAGGGAAACAUCAGCCAUACAAUUAUCUGCAGAACAUAAUGUUAACCUUGAAAGAGUGAGAGAUGAACUUAGAUUAAGACACCCUUAUGAUUCACAAAUUGUGGUUAUGAGACACAAUGUUUGGCGCGUCAAAGGCCUCAUACAGGUUUCGCGAUCGAUCGGUGAUGCAUAUCUGAAGAAAGCAGAAUUCAAUAGGGAGCCUCUACCAUCAAAGUUCAGACUCGCUGAAACAUUUUUCAAACCAAUUCUCAGCUGUGAGCCAUCAAUUUCAACACAUAAACUUCAUCCUGAUGACCAAUUUCUCAUAUUUGCUUCGGAUGGAUUAUGGGAGCAGCUUAGCAACCAAGAGGCUGUUAACAUAGUCAGCAACAAUCCACCUAAUGGAAUUGCAAGAAGACUUGUGAAAGCAGCACUUAGAGAAGCAGCAAGGAAAAGAGAGAUGAGACUAGCAGACCUUCAAAAGAUUGAACAAGGAACAAGGAGACACUUCCAUGAUGAUAUAACUGUGAUUGUUGUGUUUCUUAAUCACAAACUGAUUGAUAACAGCUCUCUUUGGGGUUCUUCUCUUUCAAUCAAAGGAGGUGGAUCUGCCAAUCACUAAGUUGAUUGAUCAUCAUCAUGCAAAAAUAACAAACAAAAAAAAAAUCUGUAUAUUGAAAUUAAGAUAUUAUUAUUAUUAUAGCCAAUCAAAUUUUAGACAAUUGUCUCCUCUCAAAAAAAAAAAAAAAAAAAAAAAACAAUUUUAGGCAAUUGUCAUUGUCACCCCCUACCUUGUUCUGUCCAGUUUAUGAUCUGGUGGAUUAAAAUGAACAUAUAUUUUGUAUAGAUGGAAUGUCCAUUGAAAAGCUUAUAUUAUAUGAAUUUUUCUUUGGCAAAAGGAAGGUAUUUUAGAUUUUUUUUUUUUUGGGCCAUUAUAUAUGUAUUGAAACGUGUAUUAGCAUCACCAACGAAAAUAAAUAAAUAAAGCUAUGUAGAACUAGAAUUUGCCCCAUCA